GCGCACAAACAACCUGGAGGGGGAGAAAAAUGGUGACCCUGCACCCAGAACCCGCUACAGGCUACGCCACCCGUUUGGGGGCAACUUUGCCGGGGACGAUGGUCCUGCGAAAACUGACGGUCGCUGCCGCCACCGCCGCCGCCGCCGCCGCUGACAGGAAUCUGAGCCCCGCCUCCCGCGGAGCACUGCGCAGGCGCGGAGGGGGGGCCGCCCCAGAGCGGGGAAGAGCCCGGGCGGCGAAGGAGGGCGGAGAGGCGCACCACGGAACAGCAUCAACAAGGGCUUCGCUUCCUGCGAACAGCGGCCUGGGGCUGCUGUUCCUGAGCAGGGAAAGGGCCCCGCCGGCAGGGAGGGAGGGAGGCUGGGAGGUGUCCGCGCCUGGGGCCCCGGGGAGGGAAAAGGUAUUUACACCGACCUGGUGGCGGCGAGCCGAAGGCGGCCGGCCCAGCGCCGAGCUGAGCGCAGGAGGAGAUAGACCUGGGGAGGGGGGGAGCCGAGGCGUCUGCGAGAAGAGGGGAAAGACCCCAGAGCCGGAACGGCCUGGGUGGGCAGGCUUGGGGUCUCGCAGGGGAAUGGAGUGUCGUCGCUUGCACAGUCACCACCCCUUUGGGGUUUGCAUAGCAAUGUCUGAAUAGAGUUGGUCAAAAGGCUGUCAAACUCAUUUCUUAAUUAGGAAAUGACGGACCAUAUCCUGAAGACCUCGCGUUAUUGGUUGUUUUUUAAUUAAAGUACCCUUUCCCUUUACCUUUGCCUUUCCCCUUUUUUCUCUCCCCCCUCCCCCAACCUUUAGGGGCUGAAAAAAAAAUUUUUUUUGUAAGUCUUUCUGAUUGUGCUGGGAUGGCCUGGUUUAUUCGGUGUGGGUGAUAAAAGUCGAUUUAAAAAUUGA